CGUUAAGCUUACUAUGACGAACGAGCUGCAUUUGUGGCCGGGGACCCCAAAAAUCUUCAUCAAUUUUGACAUGUCACGGCUUUAGGCAUGAGAUUUAGCAUGGAUGGGCAGAGAAGUACUAAGGUAUUACAGUGCUGUACGGCUGUCUGGUGCUACCUAUCAGGACAUGUAAGCUCAGCUGAGUGCUGGCUGAUUUAUACCGGGUUAUGCUUACUUGUUGGUAUCGGCAGUUGCACAGAGUACUGACCACGCAAAGGAAAAACGUCAAUGGAUCAAAACAAUCGAAACUUUCGACGGCCCAGGCUUGGGUAAAAAUAAAUCUUGUCUUAUUGUUAGCAUGCUGCCUUAGCCCAUGUGGGAGUGGCCGAGCGGGCCAAUGGGGUGCCCACCAAUUCAAUCAAUCCUCCCCAGAGGCCCAAAGUUCUGUGCCACACAACUGGAGCCAAACGCCGAGAGAGGGACACAGACCCCGAGCAAGGCCUGGAUUUGCUUGUCCGAGUGGCUCGCAGCGUACGAGUAGGACGAGUACAUUACACAUACGGAGUAUAUACAGUACAUGCAUUUACGGUGCUCUUCUCUUGUGCUCCGUACCUCGUCCAGACCCGUUGUACAGGCUACCUGACGCAGCUUCGUACAUAUUACUCCGUAAGGUCAGGUAGGAGGUAUCCGUAGUUGCUUUCAAUACCAGGACAGACGUACAUUAGCUCCUCUGUGGCCUGGACGACGUGCAUGAGACAGGGAAAGCGGACAGAGCUGCACAAGGUAGCAGUACUAAG